UUUUCUCCAGUUGUGGCAAGAAGUUCUGUGGGAGGGUGCAGGGUGGGCUAGCUGCAAUACCUACACUGCUACUAGACACUCCUAGCAGAACAAGCUGUUAGUUCAGGUUCGUGAAUGACGCACAAGCAACCAUGCUGCUCGUGAGAUGUGCUGAGGUCACCAAGAUGUUCCUGUGAUGUGCUGAGGUUACCAAGAUGUUCCUGGGAUGCGCUGAAGUCACCAAGAUGUUCCUGGGAUGUGUUGAGUUCUCUCCUACACUUCUGAUCCCUCAGUCACCUCUCCUGUCUCUCCUCUUCUUUUCUUCUGCUGCUUAUGCCUACCAAUGUAUGAACGCACGGCCUCACACCUCCAUUAACUCCCGUAAAACUAAACAAGGUCAGGAAAUUGUCUUGGGAUUCAAGCCUUCCAGUUCCCCUUUCAACCUGAAUGUGAAGGUCCAGGAGCUAGAAAAUGCUAUUUCCUCCUGGUCCCUGGAAGUGGCCAUCUUCAACAACGGCUCAAAGGAAUGUCUCACCGUGCAGGAAGAAGGAGAGAAGAAACUGUCAGAGGAUAAUCCCUGGCCCUCCCUGCCCAUCAACACCUGGACGGAAUUCACCCUAAAUAUACAAAACUCUAAGCAAUUCUGGGUGGAGGUUAGGGAUCCUACGCAAGUUAAUACAAGCCACCGCUCACAGACCCGCAUCCUCAAUAAGGUGUCUGGCAUGUUCAAGGCGACAGUCACUGUGGACAAGAAAAGUGAGGUCUACACGUGGAAAUGUGGGAUUGAGGAAGGGCCGGAGAUGAAGAUUCUGUUUUCGAGUAUGACGACUGUCGGAGUAUUCCUCUUUAUUAUACUGAUAGUGUUCAUCCUAAGAGGGUGGUGGAAGAGAUGGCAAUCCCUCCGCCCACACCCACCCACUCACGCCUACCAGACCCCGCCCGUCACGACUCAACCAAACACAGAGAACUACACAGUGGCAAGGUUCCAGCCUCAGCCCUCUUACUCCAGCGACAGCUUCCAGAGCGAAGAGUUCCCUGAACUGGAAUACAAACCUUACUCUCCAGGUCUUCUAGCCCUGCCUCCAGCAUCUCAAGGUCCCUCCAGUGCCUGUCAGGAUCACAACAUACAGAAACGAGACCAUUUACUCGAGUACCACACAGGAACCAGCCCGACGGCUCAUGAACGUAAGGAAGUGUGGCCUAUCCCGAGACGUCAACAGGUCAGCUCAGUCAUGUACGAAAGAGCCACAUGGUUCUUAAGAGGGGUGGAAUUGGGGGACUAGGGAAGCCUCCGAAGAAUGGAGAGGUUAAUCGGGGAAAUAUUUCAUCUAACAUCGCCUUUAUAUGUACUUGAAAAGAGUUAUUGUCUUCACUAUCAAAUACCUUUGAACUUUUUUCAAUUCCUAAGUCAAAUAUGGCACAAAUUAAGGAAUAAAAUAAUAUACUUGUUGACCAGUGUAAAUAUAGAAUGCAGUUAAAACCCUUCAUCACAACCAUUUUUAAAAAGUAAAAAAAAGAGCACCUCCUCCGGUAAGAUUAAAUUAUCAAAUAAAUAUUUAGGGUAUGGUUCAUAUCCUAGGAUAUACAUUGAUCACUGGUUGUGUGGUUAACACUACCCAGCAAGGACUAGCGACAACCCCUAGCAACCUGGUCUAGUAUCAAGUCCUAGCAGCAAGCCCUGGGAAUAAAACCUAGUAGUAUGACCUAGCAGAAAGCCCUAGUAGUGAGGCCAGCAGCUACUCCUAACUGUAAGAUCUGGUAACAAGACCUAGUUUGAAAUACUAUAUAACUCCAAUAAACUAUUAUGCAAUAAUUUUAAAUCAAGAGACAAUUUACCAUUUGCAAUUUAAUAUAUAUAUAUAUAUAUAUAUAUAUAUAUAUAUAUAUAUAUAUAUAUAUACAAACCGUGAAAAACAUGGAAAAUGUAUUACACACUUAGAAGAAUUUCUUUCAAUCCUUGAGAGACAAAGCAAUAAAUCAUCUUUGAUAAUUCCCAACUUAUGAAAUCUGCUCAGAUCUGUAUUAAUAUAAGUGAUAUACUUCUUCAUACACGACACAUAAUGAAAUCUGUUAUGUGAUAAUACUUUGAUUUUAAUAAUCCUCUUAUACAUUUAUCUAACAUGAAAUCCAUUGAACUUUUCAAUGUGUAGUGAUAAUAAUAGUUAUUUGGAAAAUAUUUCCUAAAAUAAUACACUUCCUGAAGAUGUUUAUCCUAUUUUUUUUAUAUUUUCCUACGAAAAUGAUGUAAUGAAAAAUAAUGUUUCUCUUGAUGAGGCCAAACUGGUAGAGUAUCAUCGCUUGACAUCACAGUUUGGCUGCCUGAUGACAUGGCUUUGAGGAAGGUUGCAACUGUUAUUGUAGCCCACCUAGAUUUUGUAGUUAAUGCCACGGACUAGUAAAUUCAAGAUGGCUGAAUCGAGGCUCGUUUAUUCCUUAGAAAAAAAAAGUGUCCCGUUGUUCAAUUGGUAGCGCACUCAUCUGGCAUACUGAGUGUCAGUGGUUCAAUUCCCGGUACGGGUGGAAACGUUGGCCAUAUUCUCUUACACCUACUGCCCUUGUUCACCUAGCAGUAUGUAGUUAACCGGGUGUUAGUCGACUGAUAUUGGUGGCAUCCUGGGUGUGGUAGUAUACCUUAAUUAGGGCUGAGUUUUAAUAUGAACUGAGGCAGGAUAACAACUCUCAGCCUGUAAAACUGAUGUGUAAUAAACAGGUUACAAACGCU